AAAUCUAAACAAACCCUUCCUUUUCCUCCUCCAUCCAGGAAAAGGAUAGGGAUAGGACCACCACCACCACCACCCUUCUUUCCUCCCUCUAUAAAAAUCACCACAAGCCAACCCUUCUUUUCCACAAACACAUACACACCAAUCUCCAAGCCCAUCCUAUCUCUCCCUCAGCCACAUUUAACUCAACUUCUCCUCUCCUCACCUCCUUCAACAAUGAUCUUAUAAUCCUCUCUCCUUAUCAUCUCUGUUUUCCUUCUGGCAUAAACAGUUUUUAUUUUUUUUUCUUUCCAAAUGGCUAUCCCCUGUCCAUCUAUUUUUGGAUCAGAAAUGCUACCCGUUGAGUCAGGAGCCAUGUCUCCUCCUCCUUCCCCAUUAAUUCUAACCCAAGACGAGCUCAAAAAAAUCGCCGCCUACAAAGCCGUCGAGUUUGUCCAAUCCGGUAUGGUCCUCGGCCUAGGCACCGGCUCCACUGCCAAACACGCCGUCGACCGUAUCGCCGAUCUCUUACACCAAGGCAAAUUGAAGAACAUUAUAGGCAUACCCACCUCUAAAAAAACCCACCAGCAAGCCGUGUCCCUUGGCAUCCCUUUAUCCGAUCUCGAUUCGCAUCCCAUCGUUGAUCUUGCAAUCGACGGUGCUGAUGAGGUGGACUCGAAUCUCAAUUUGGUUAAAGGGCGUGGUGGGUCUUUGCUUAGAGAGAAAAUGAUCGAGAGUGCUUGCAAGAAGUUUAUUGUUAUUGUUGACGAGUCUAAAUUGGUGCCUCAUGUUGGUGCUAGUGGUGCCAUGCCUGUUGAAGUUGUGCCAUUUUGUUGGAAAUUUACUCAAGAUAGGCUACAAAGUUUGUUUGAUUACGCGGGGUGUGUUGCGAAAUUGAGGUCUAAUAAUGGGGGUGAAGAUGGUGAGAUUUUUGUUACUGAUAAUGGGAACUAUAUCGUGGAUUUGUUUUUCAAGAAGGAUGUCGGGGAUUUAAAGAUUGCUAGUGAUGCUAUUCUGAGGCUAGCUGGGGUUGUGGAGCAUGGAAUGUUUCUUGAUAUGGCAACUACUGUUAUAGUUGCAGGCGAGCUUGGAAUCACUAUCAAGAAUAAGUAGAUUGAGAUUUAGAAGAUGGGCGUUUCACAAAUUUGAAAUUUUUGAUGGGGUACUAAUCAAGUUGGAAAAUUUGACUGCUUUGUUAUUGUAACAGUAUUAAUAGAAAUUGUGCUUUGGGGGGAGGUUGAGGGAUCCCUCCGUAAUUUUUUGUCAGAAUUUUACUAGGGGAGAUGGUUUAGGGUUUAGGGUUUUAGGAUUACUUUUGCAGUUGAAUAAUCUAAGCUUAUUGAACGUCAGCUGUCAUAUCAUGUUCUUUUCAAUAUAAAAUUGGCCUCCUUUCCUGUUGA